UCAACGGUGAAGCACCACUACUUCAGGAUUUUGCUUCAGCUAGCAAAAAUCUUCGCGUUUGAGCUCCAAUUCAAAGGCUAAUUCGAUUCAAUUAUUGAUAUUUGGCGUCGGAGAAGAAUCGCAUUGGCGCCUUUCGAUUACUGAUGUGUUUAAUCAAUGGCGGCGGAAAAUGAAUUGCUCGGAGCAACACCGCUCGCUAUCGCUGCCACCUGUUUCUUCGCACUUGCAAUCUCUGUUUAUCUCAUGAAGCAAUUCUUCGCGAAGUCAAAACGGUGUAAGCCUUGUUAUUUGAUUGCGGAAUUUAAGCCCCAAUACAAAUUCAAGCGAGUGUUGGCGGAUAAUUCGUACUCUCAAUUCAAACACCUUAAGCUCCACGCAGCUGAUUCUGUCGCCGAAGAGGAGGAAUUGAAUUUGCAUCCAUACAAAGGGGAAAUUUCGAGGCUGAUGAAAAAUGGAAAUGUGAGGAUUUUGGAGCUGUUUGAUGGGUGUGAGAAGUGGAGUAUGGAGAUGGGAGGUGAGUAUGUGUGGGUUGAGGCGGAGGAGCAGCUGCGAGAGCUCGUGGCGGAUUUGAGCAAUGAGGAGGUGUUUGCGGUGGAUACCGAGCAGCAUGGUUUGAGAUCCUUUUUAGGCUUCACAGCUUUAAUUCAGAUAUCCACUAUGAGCAAGGAUUAUUUGAUAGACACAAUUGCCCUACAUGAUGUGAUGGGGCUUCUUAGACCUGUAUUUGCCAAUCCUGCAAUAUGCAAGGUGUUUCAUGGUGCCCAUAAUGAUGUACUCUGGCUUCAAAGAGAUUUCCACAUCUAUGUUGUCAAUUUAUUUGACACGGCCAAGGCAUGUGAUAUCUUAUCAAAGCCUCACAAAUCAUUGGCGUAUUUGCUUGAAACAUAUUGCGGUGUUGCCACAAACAAGCUGUUGCAGAGAGAGGACUGGAGGCAACGUCCUUUGUCAGAAGAAAUGAUCCAGUAUGCUCGAGUGGAUGCGCACUAUCUGCUGUAUAUAGCAUAUUGUCUAUGCUUGGAGCUUAAACAACUGGAAAAUGAAAAUUCAUCUCCUGGUGACAAGUUCCAUUUUAUUCUCGAGGCUAGUCGACGGUCAAAUGCAACUUGUUUGCAGCUUUUUGCAAAAGAUAUCGAAUCUUGUACUGGAGAAUUGGCUGCAUCAUCAAUUGUUUCUCGGUGUUUAAAUGAUCCCGGAAAUAUUUCGCCAAGUCUUUGUGAUGAGAAGUUUCAGGAACUUGUGAGACGACUGUGUGUAUGGAGGGAUUUAAUGGCUCGCCUCCAUGAUGAGAGCCUGAGAUUUGUUUUAUCAGAUAACGCGAUCAUUGCACUAGCAGCUAAAAUCCCGACAACCGAAGCUGAUAUUUACAGCAGUAUGCUCGAAGCUGAUUCAGAUGUUGAAUCUGUGACAAUGGUUCCUCUCCAAACUCCAUCUCCUGUAGUUUGUUCUCAUUUGGACGACCUGUUCUGCCUGCUUCAAGGAAAGAUUACCAAGCUUGAUGAUAUACUUCAAAUGUGCAUCCGGGAACACCUCGGCCAAGGCGGUAGCUGUCCUCUUUCCGCAUAUAACUAUGCCCUUCUGUCCAAAACUACCCUGGGAACAGGCAAUAGAAUCACCCCUAAUCACAACGGGUUUAGAGCUUCAAAACAGGUUGCAAAGAUGGCUUCUCGACAGCUUUUUGUUCAGAAGUUUUCAUGCAAGUCCCCUGUUUAUCACAACUGCAAGAUCUAUGCCAGUGAUGGACGAUUAUUAUGUUACUGUGAUCAGAGAAAGCUUCAAUGGUAUCUGAACCGGGAUCUAGCAAAACUUGUAGAAGAAGAUCCUCUGUCCAUCAUGCUUCUCUUUGAGCCCAAAGGACGCCCAGAAGAUGAGGACAACGACUUUUAUAUUCAGAAGAAGAAAAAUAUAUGUGUUGGCUGUGGCGAAGGAAACCACUACCUACGAUAUAGAAUUAUACCUUCUUGCUACAGAAUACAUUUUCCAGAGCAUUUGAAAAGUCAUCGCUCGCAUGAUAUUGUCCUCCUGUGUGUGGAUUGUCAUGAAAUCGCUCAUACUGCUGCUGAAAAGUACAAAAAGCAAGUAGCUGCUGAAUUUGGAAUACCAUUAUUUAUCCGUAGAGUUGCUGACUUGGAUAAGACACAAAAUACACCUACAUCUUCGCCUGCAUCGUGUGAGGAGAUAGGCGUGUCUCCUUUACAGUUACGUAUUGCUUCUAUGGCUCUGCUGCGCCACGGACCACAAAUGCCAUCUCAGCGCCGUGAAGAAUUAAUGCAGACAGUCAUGACAUACUAUGGAGGUAGAGAAAUAACAGACGAAGAUCUUGAAAAGGCUUUGUUAGUCGGAAUGAGUCCUCACGAGAGAAGAAGAUUCGAGAAAAAGAGAGGUUACACAUUCAAACACCUCAGAAAAAGUAGCAAUCCAGUUGAUGCUGAAGAGGAUAUUGGUGGCAGGCCACCAGUCACCGUCAAGAAUGCAUCGCACGAUGAAGAUGAGGAUUCGUUGCACACCAAUACAACAGAUGGUUAUCAACAAGAUGAUGACAACAUUUUAGAGGAUGCAAAAAUAACUGCUCCAUGCAGCAUUGACGCUGAUGAUUCUCUAUCAGAUACAAAGAUAGUUUCAGGAAUCGAAAGCAUUUCUAUCUCCAGCAAUGAUGAUACUUCUGGGGGCGGAAACCUAUCAAAUGGGACGACUCAUCCAUCGGAGGAAAAUGAAACAUUGCUAAAGAAUGAUUCCAAAAUGUCAUUAUUAGGACACGGACCUCACGGAAAGCAAGUAGUCGAAUACCUGCUUAAGGAGCAUGGCGAAGAUGGGGUUCGCGAGUUUUGUCAGAGAUGGAGACAUGUUUUCGUCGAAGCUCUCCAUCCACGUUUCUUGCCUGGUGGAUGGGAUGUUAAGCACAGUGGUAAAAGAGAUUUUGGUGAGUUCAGUGUUUACAAGCCCACCACCAAUGCUUCUGCUGCUGCUAUUGCUGGAUAAAUUUCUCUCUUUAGUCUACUCUGUAUACUGGAAUUUUGAUGAUGAUGGUUUAUUUUUGUAUUUUUUUCUCCCAAUUUUGUUGUUGUAAUUGGAACAGUUCAUACAUUUGCUAGUUCUCUUUCUCAUCUUUUUGUUGAUAUAGAGAAUAUACAAUGUUGGAAUUUUGGUUUCAAUUUUGUUGUUGUAAGCAGAAUAGUUUCUCCAGUUGUAAUUUUCAAGAAUGGCAAAAUUAAUGUAGCUUAAAUUUUGAGUG